UUUGCCCUUUUUCUUUAUUUUUGUCUUUUUUCACCUUCACAAUUACCAUCUUCUCUUUUUUUACCCCUCCCAUCUGUCUUUUCCUUUCCCCCUCUAUCCUCUUUUAUCACUGCCAUUGCUACCUCUAUUUCUGCAGCCAACACUGCUCACUUCUCUCGUCCUCGUCAGUCGGCACUCCCCCGCCCACUCCCUCAAAGCUAAUUUUUCAGCGCGAACAGCAAAACGGAGAUGCCCCAAGAGAGAGAGAAAGUCCGUGGUGUCUGGGCGAUGAGAGGAGGAGGUGGCAGAGGCGUAUUUCACAGCCCAAAUAGUGCUGUUACUGUGGAAACGAGAGAUGUUUUGGAGAUAAACUUUUGGACAACUGAUUUAGGGAAGAUGAAGAGAGAUGGGAACAUUUGUCUCACCAUUUUUCCAGAUGAGAAAUGCGUUUUUCUCAGGUGAGAUGGGAUUGGAUUGGAAUGUGAAUUUUCUGACAAGCAAGCAAUUACUUUGCUGCCUUAAUCUUGUGUGUAAGUAUGUUUUGAUGUUAGAAAAGAAAUAGGAAGGAGGAUGAAAUUGAUUAAAUCUAAAUCAUGAGGGACGAUUUUGGCAAUGAACUAAAGGUUUAUGGACGAAAUUAAAAAUUUCCCCGUUCCCAAAGACAUUCAGCCUCAGGGGUAUGGAACCAACCAAAUUAUAAAGCAAGAAAAGAAGCAUAUAAAGGGAAAGCACCCAUCAAGGGCAAUUCCGUCAUCUCCUCACCUUCCGAGCGCUCUACUCUGUCCGCAUUUAAAUUCAAACCUAAAACGGUAAAAUUUUCAAAUAUUCACCGCCUUUCCCCUUUCAGACACCCCUCAGGAAAACGCUCCAGCAACAAGAUUCAAGAAACCAAGAAGAACUUCAAGAUUUUGGGAGUAUGGAAUCAAGAAAACGGAAACCUAAUUUAGUUUCUUGUCCGCCUUCGCCUUUGCCAAACCCUCCAUCAUCAUCUUCAUCAAUCUUCAGGGACAUUUCGAAUUUCAAAACCCCCAGACAUCCCUCAUCAACUCCAUGUUUACAGGCUUCUCCGCAGUUCUUCACCGCCUCCAAGAACACCCCAUUGUCCUCUUCACGCCGAGCAUUCAAAUCCUCAGCUUUGAAAUCGAAAGCUGCCCGUAGAUUAAAGGCCUUUGAGCUUGAACAAUCUAAAUCUGCACGGAAGGCUCAGCAUGAGAAAGAAAAAUCACUCAAGUCACUUGCGAGGUCGCUCACCGUGUGGCUCAACUUUUUGUUCGAAAACCCUAGUUCAUGUGGUUGUGAUCCAGCAAAGUUCAUUGGAGAAAGUGAUGGUUCCGAUUUGAGUUUAGGUGGAGGGGCGAGAGAAGUGUUGUUGAGUAAUGGGAAGAGGGAGAGUGGACCUGGGGGUGGGGUGGGGUUUGAUGGGCUAUGGAGAUGCCCGAAGAGACAGAGGGACUUGUCAUGGAGAGGGGAGGGGAGUGAUGAAGUGGGACAGGAUGGGUUCUCGGGUUCCACAUUUUCGGGAUUGAAGACUUCAUUGCAGGAGAUAUGUAGUUUUGAGGAUUUGAAGGAGAGAAUGAGAAUGUACUUGAGCCUUGGUAGUUGCAAAGAAAUUUUUGAAGCCUUGGCUCAAGUAACAAAGAACAUUGAUGAAGGAAGGCUAAAAAUGAGGGCAAGUUGUCCCAUAGUGAGUGAUGUAGGGAUGAAGGAGAAAGCCAUGAGAAUUCUCAUGUGUUAUAACCCCAUUUGGCUUAGAAUUGGUCUAUACAUAAUCUUGGGUGGUGACUCCUUGUUGCCAAAUGGUGAUGUUAAUUCUGAGCAAGAAAAUGCAUUUUUGAGGAUGGUUCUUGAAAAGCAGUUUCUCUCACACACUGGUCUAGCCAAAGCCCAUGCUUAUAACAAGCAGGUUGAGGGUUUAUACCGGCCGGGCUACUAUGAAAAAUUGGGGAAUGUCAUAUUGAAGAGAUUUUUGUUGCUUGUUAUCAUAAUUGACAGAGCCAAGUCUCAGACAAGUCUUCCCCUUAAAUAUGGUAUUGAUGGACUGGAUGGCGGAUCUCCUCCAUUGUUCUCCUUGAAAUCUAGUAUUAAAUCAAGCCGCCAACUUAUUCUUGAUUUCUUAUCAUCCGAUGUGAUGCAUGGGGAAGGCAAUGUUCUAGCGCAUCUUGUGAUUGUCGGGUAUAAAGUAACCUACCAGCAGAAUCCGUUGAUUGAGUAUGACUUCAAAGUAAGUGAUGUAUUCGAAGAUCUCCAAGAUGGAGUCCGGCUUUGCAGAGCCAUUGAACUCUUGAAACAUGAUUCCUCGAUUCUUAUGAAAGUAGUAGUUCCAUCUGACACUCAGAAGAAGAGUCUGGUCAAUUGUGGUAUUGCACUACAAUAUCUGAAGCAGGCUGGCGUACCAUUACUUGACGAAGAUGGAACAGAGAUUCUUGGAGAAGAUGUGGUUAAUGGGGACAAGGAGCUUACACUUUCCUUGCUUUGGAAUACGUUUGUUCACCUACAGUUGCCUCUGUUAAUCAGCAAAACACUUCUAUUGGAAGAAAUUUCAAAUAUUCGGGGAGUUGCUGCGGAGAGCUCAAGCACCCAGACGCUCUUGGAUUUGCUUCUUAGUUGGAUUCAGGCAAUUUGUGAAUCUUAUGAGUUGAAGAUCGAAAAUCAGUCUUCCUUACUGGAUGGAAAGGCCAUGUGGUGCUUGCUUGACUAUUACUUCCGCAAAGAACACGAUUGUUCAUGUUCAUUUAAGUACGGUUCACAGGACCCAGAUGGAACAAACAGAGAAGUUUCCAUCAUGUCAGCAAUUGAGUAUACGGAUGCAGUGCACAACUACAUACUUUCCCAAAAAUUAACAUCUUUAUUAGGGAACUUUCCGGAGGUUUUACAGGUCAGUGACAUACUGGAACAUAAUGGUGCAUGUAAUGGACAGAGUGUAAUGGUCCUCUUGGUGUUUCUCUCAGUUCAACUACUUGUAAAAAGAAACAUGGAUAAGUUAAAUUUUCAUAAAAUGCUGGGUUUUGGUUGCCAAGGUCCAAACAGCAGGAGCUCAAGUACAGAGUGGAACAAUGAUAAAGAUUCAACGAGAGGUUUUAAGGCUAUAAUGGCUUGGUGGCAAGACAUGGCAAAAGAGAAUGGCAAGUGCAGUCUAAAGCCACCUGCGGUUUCUACAGAAUGCUUCUUAGCUGGCAGAAAGGGCAAGUCUAUCCAAAGAGAGAAUGCUGCAACGAUAAUCCAGUCCCAUUAUAGACGAGUACUGGAACGCCGAAAUUAUAUGAGAAUAAGAAAUGCAGCUCUAGUUUUGCAAAGCGUUGUUUUGACCUGGCUCUCAAUAAAGAGGAAAGCAUCUGUAAAGGUGCUUGGGGCAAGGACUAGGAGGACUCCCCUGGAGAAGUAUGGGAUGUAUUUUGCAUUUAUGGUUGACAGGCAUUACUUUGUCAACUUAAAAAAGUCGAUCACAGUCAUUCAGAAGGCCACAAGGGCCUGGAUUGCUCAGAGGCACUGCAAAGGAAGUACCAUAUGUAAUCAAAUGCAUAAUCCAGAUCUCAUUAAUGCUGCCACUGUCAUUCAGAGCUGUAUCCGUGGACAGAUAGCAAAGUCUGCUUAUGCUGAAAGGGCAGUCUCUCUUAAAGAGAAAGGAUCAGUUACGGCCCAAGCUGACAUAGUGGGUGACCUCCAGAAAUUAGCGGCAAUCAGAAUUCAGCAUGCUUGGAGAGAUUACAUUCUUAACAAAUCCAUACGUUGUCAGCACUCUGCUGCAACUAAAAUCCAGAGUCAUUAUCGUGGUUGGCUGAUGAGAAAGAGUUUUGCAUGCAAGAAGCGAGCAGCAAUAAUAAUUCAGAGGAGUUUCCGGAGUUCAAGGAGCAGGAGGGAUCUCCAGAUUCAGAGACAGCAAAAUGCAUCCGUGAUUAUCAUUCAAUUACAUGUCCGUGGAUGGCUGUCUCGAAGACAAGCUUAUACAGAAAAAGAUCUUUUUAUUAGGAUCCAGAGCUUCUGCCGUGGGUGGCUGCAAAGAAAGGAGUUCUUGUUCCAUAAGGAUGCUGCUACAAAGAUCCAAAGUGCUUUCCGCCGCAUGAGCUGUUCCAAGGCAUUCAUUUCUCAGAGGCAUGCUGCAAUUGAUAUCCAACGUUUUGUCAGAGGGGCGAAUAUGAGGAGAAGGCUUCUAGGAGCUCUCAGCUACCACAAGGCCUCAAAUCACGGCAUCCAGGGCCUAGAAUUGAAGAUACUAGUUCAAUCUGUUGUGAAGUUGCAAAGAUGGUGGAGGUGUGUUCUGCAAGUUCAAAUGAAAAGGAAGUCGGCAGUGGUUAUCCAAUCACAUUUUCGAGGAUGGAAGGCGCGGCAAAUGGCUCUGAGAGAAAAGCAGCUUAAAGUGAAAAGAAAGUCGGCUCUGGUUAUCCAAUCACAUUUUCAACGAUGGAAGCAGAGGCAAACGGCUAUGAGAGAAGAGCAGAUUACAGUGAAAACAAAAUCGGCAGUGGUUAUCCAAUCACAUUUUCGAGGAUGGAAGGCAAGGCAAAUGGCUCUGAGAGAAAAGCAGCUUAAAGUGAAAAGAAACUCGGCUCUGGUUAUCCAAUCACAUUUUCGACGAUGGAAGGCGAGGCAAAGGGCUAUGAGAGAAAAGCAGCUUAAAGUGAAAACAACAUCGGCAGUGGUUAUCCAAUCACAUUUUCGAGGAUGGAUGGUGAGGCAAAUGGCCAAGAGACAAAAAAAGCGUGUGGUUGUGAUUCAGUCAUUCUGGAAAGGUUACCGUGCACGGAAAAAUGCAAGAGGCGAGCUGCUCGACUUGCGCUUGAGAAUGGAAAAGUCUGCUGCAAAUGUAGAUGACAGCAGGCGCUUAAUAAACAGGCUUGUUGCAGCAUUAUCAGAACUUCUGAGUAUGAGAAGUGUCAGUGGCAUUUUACACACCUGUGCAACUUUGGAUGUGGCCACAGAACUUUCACAGAAAUGCUGUGAAGAGCUUGUUGCUGCUGGAGCUGUCGGCACUUUACUCAAGUUAAUUCGCUCUGUCAGCAGGAGCAUGCCCGAUCAACAAGUUCUAAAGCACGCUCUCUCAACUCUCAGGAACCUUGCCCGCUAUCCACACCUGACCGAGAUAUUGGUCCAGAGUCAUGGAUGUGUAGAAACAAUUCUUUUGGAGUUUGUCCGAAACAAAGAGGAGGGUUUCUUCGUUGCCUCUGAACUGUUGAAGAAAAUAUGUGUAAGCGAAAACGGUGCUAAAGCUGUUCGCAGUUCACCAGCUCUAUAUAAAAGGUUAAACAACUUUGCGGAAGAAUUGGCAAGGAAGGCGAGAACCGACAAGAGGAAAGAAAGGAACUUGCCGGCAAGACAACAUGCAGAGAGAAGACUGAAAGAGGUCGUUGAGCUCCUCAAACUCAUUGCAAAUGCAAAUGCCUAAGCCAAUCUCAGUUCCAGCCUGCAGGUGUUUUUCUAUUUUGUAGUUUUCUUAUUAGUGUGUGUAUAUAUAUUAGUUUUGCCAUGCAGAUUCUGGUCUGUCUACCAUAGGAGAGUAAAGUUAUUCCCAAAUUUGAAGGAGUUGAGAUCGUACUCAAUUCCGACUGUUUCUUCCUUAACACCUCUGAUAUUAGCUGUGUUCUUCCGCGGAUGUUUCUUUUACUUUUCAAUGAAAUUUAGCUUA